AUGUAUGAAAUGCGUUCAAAAUGUUUAAAUUUAAAUAAAGACUAUACAAAUGUUAUUCAAGUACCAGAUAAUGGAAAUAUUUUAGAAGAAUUUAUUAUACGAGACAUCGCAAAAGAUCUUGUUAAAGCAACAGAUGAUUAUAGCCGACUUGAAAUACAAUGCGAGCAAUUAAAAGAACAAAUUCGUAUAGCAGAAGAAAAUCCACCGCCGCGCGUUUAUCUUAGUAUACAAGAUCGUCGCAUUUUAGAUUGGCACUGUGCUAAUUUAGAAUUUGCUAAUGCAGCUCCUCUUUCGUGCUUAUCACUGAAGUACUGGGAUCAAGAUGAUGAGUAUGAGUUUAGUGGGUGUCAUUUAACUGGUGUUGAAGUCAGUGUUGAAAACGUUGAUGAUUCAAAAACUUUCGUCAAAGAAACGUACGAAGGUGAUGCCGUUCUGGUCACCGUGCCAUUAGGCGUUCUGAAGGAAAAUGUCAUUGAAUUUGAACCAAUGUUACCGGAAUGGAAACAAUCGGCUAUUGAUCGUCUAGGCUUUGGGAAUUUGAACAAAGUCGUAUUAUGUUUUGAAAAGGUUUUUUGGGAUCCGACGCACACUCUGUUUGCUCACGUUGAAGCAUCGACGUCAUGUCGUGGAGAACUGUUUUUAUUUUGGUGUUUUGUUAAACCACCUGUACUGAUCGCUUUAAUUGCCGGUGAAGCAGCCAAUGUUGUUGAAUGUGCAACAGACGAUAUAAUCAUCGGACGAACACUCGUUGUGUUGAGAAAUAUAUUUGGAACCGCGUCUGUACCAACGCCAAAAGAAACAAUAGUCACACGCUGGAAAAGCGAUCCUUUCGCUCGUGGUUCUUAUUCGUAUGUCGCUGUUGGAGCUUCAGGUGAUGACUAUGAUAUUCUUGGACGUCCGGUGAUAAGGGAAAAUGAAACUAUUCCGAGAUUAUAUUUUGGUGGAGAACAUACAAAUCGAAAUUAUCCGGCAACUGUUCAUGGUGCUUUAUUGAGUGGUUUGAGAGAAGCAAGACGUAUUGCUGAUACAUUUCUUGGCUCCAUUUACGAAAUUUCGACUGGAAUGAACAAUUACACCCAUUCGUACGGUGUUCAACGAGUACCAAAUACACCAUCAGCUGAAACGUCGUUUUGCCAAGCAGGUUCACACACUGCCACUGGUGGGCAAAUUAAACGAAUUGGACGAGAUAUUAUUGAAGAUUUAUUUUGUGGAAAGAAAAAUUCUGUUCAAUGUUUAAAUGAAUACUGUUCAAUGAUAAAAAAGCCAAUUACAUUUACGGAAGCUGGUUGCCAGUAUCGCUAUGCAAAUUAUGCAACGAUUGAUGGUAUUCAGUUUCCACAAGGAACGGGCAAAAGCAAAAAGGAAGCGAAAAUAUCGGGUGCUCGUCAUGUAUUUGCCGCUCUGUUAGAUCUCGAUGAAGAAGCCUUUGAUACGAAAUUUGCUGGUAUGAGUGAUGUUAAAAUUGAUCGCCAUGGACAUAAAAUUGUUGAAAAUGGUCCAAAUCUUCCUGAACAUCUGUUUACGGCUGAAAUUGUUGAAGAAUUAACACGAAAAUUAAAUGAAUUAGCUGUUAAUUCCGAACUAUUUAAAUCAAAAGGAGUAGCACAUGCUUUACAUCGUACUGUUACGGGACGACCAUCAUCAAGUGUAUCAGCGUCGGGUUGUAGUGAAGACAAUGCCAGUAUUUACAGUGAAACAUCAUUUAAUAAAGCCCGUCCUCCAUCAGUCGUGUCGUAUACAAAUGGUCAAGGAACACCCACAAGUGGGAUAUCAGCAAAUCAACCUAUACAAAACCCAAUAACAAAUUUACAGGAUUAUUGCAAAGCCAAUAUGAUUUAUGUUGAUAUUAAAACAAUUCGAUGUUUCUCUGAUGAAAAUUCAGCCUCGAACAGUACUCAUGCACCCUUUCGUUCAUGGGUAUGUUUAGAAAACGAUAAUACGAAAAUUGCUGAUGUUUUUGCAUUUACGGCCACUGAUGCGCGACGACGAGCUGCACAGCGUGCAUUGGAAGCGUUGAUGAGACGUCAACCACAUCAUAUUAUUCAAUCUAAACCGAUGGUCACAUUAACAGAAUACGAAGAAAUAGCCAAUACUGUUGGUGAUUUUGUGAAGCAUAUAAAACAAUCCGAUCAAGCACAAAUCUUCCAGUCAAUGGGCAGUCGCUAUUAUGCCGCCUUUGUUUUGAAAAAAACACAUCGUGAUGUUGGCAAAGUUGUGGCAUUUGGAAUUGGUAGUCGAUGUCCCGAUCCGGAAAAUGUGACAGAAAAUGGGGAAUCGUUACUGGAUUGUCAUGCAUUAGCAUUAGCUCGCCGCGCUCUCAUUCAAUAUUUUUACGGUGAACUGACAAAUUAUGCAAAUGGAAGUUCUAUUCGAACAAUAUUAGAAGGAAGUGAAAAAGAUCCAACAAAAACUCAAUUAAAAAAUCAUGUAUCAAUUCAUUUGUUGAUGAGUGGUGCUCCAUGUGGAGAUGCCAGAGAUUUUUUACCAUCAGACACAGAUGGACACAUGUCACCGUACGAUGUGGUUCAAAUGAGAGCAGCAGGUCAUGCACCAGUUUAUGACUUGCCAGAUCAUGGGCAUCUUAAAUAUAAACUUUCAUCUGGACUCGAGACAAUAUCAGCCGAUCCAUUGCAACGAUUUGCCAUCAUGUCAUGUAGUGACAAGAUAUUAAAGUGGAAUGUAUUGGGUGUUCAAGGUGCAUUAUUGUCAAAUUUAGUUGAACCAAUCAAAAUAUCAUCUGUUACAUUUUUAAGUGGCUUUAAACAACAGCAUACAUCACGUGCAUUAUGUUGUCGUUUGGAUAAAGCGGCGGACCCAGUGUUCGUUCAUCAUCCCAUGAUUGGACGUAUUAAAUUUCCACAGCCACAACCGGAGACAUUUUAUGGUCCACCCCUCCUGUUAGGAUUAGGUUGUCGAAUUCAUAGGUUAGAUGAUCAUAGUUAUUCAUGGUCACAGUCGUAUCAAGGCGAAAUUUUGGAUGCUAAAGCCGGACGACCAAUAACAGGUGGCAUAAGUGCAAUAUCCAAAGUCGUUUUAUUGAGCGAAUAUAAAGCGAUAUGUCAAAAAAUGAAACGUAUUGUAUCAGUUGAAUCCACAUAUUAUUCACUCAAACAAUCAGCUACGGAAUAUCACAAAAAGAAAAAAGCAAUGAUAAACUUUUUAGAACUAUCUAAAAUGGGCUAUUGGUCAUUUGAAAAAAAGCAUUUAGAACAGUUUAAAUGGCAUUCGACAAUCGCUCCAAUUGUUCGAAAUAUAACAGUUUAA